CUCAGAAAAGCAACAGCAUUUCUCGUGUCCACCUCUCGCAUCGCCCCCCCACCACCCCGCCCAGCCAUGUCAGCCCUCUCCAGCACCUCCGCACGCCCGCUUUCCUCAGCUCUCGCCCAGCUCAGUAUCGACACAGACGCUCGUAUUGAGCCAGACGUCCGCACUCCGCCUAUCACAAACCCCGAUCCUCAUGGCACUCUGCUCAAGUUCAUCAAGCACUUGCUGUCCGAAGAUCACUUGGACGCCAAUUCCAACUUGACCGCGAUAGGAUACGAGCUAGAAGCCCUCUUGUCUAUCUACGGCGAUGAUUCGAUCAAGCUCGCCCUUACUCCGCCCAGCACUGCAGUGGCGACAGAGGCUUCAUCUCAGGCAUUGACAAAAAGCGGCAGUCAGCAGUGGUCUGAUGCCGUGUGGGACGCGGAAAUAGGCUUUGCGCCGGGGGAGAGGAUACGAUAUGAGGUCAGUCUGCCUUUAUGGGAAGAAGGAGAGACUUUGGAAGGGCUAGAUUCAAGCGCCACUCCCGAGAUCGCACCGACGAUGCGGGUGUUGGUCAGUCUAGCGCCCACGUACCCCAACUCGAGCGCCCCCCAGCUCCAGCUCCUGGGCAAGUACUUGGGCAGCUUUGCCAUCGAUGCAGGUCUCUUCGGGGAUAUCACGCGUACCUACCUGUCAGCAGGUGGCGCUGGGUUUACCCCCGGAGAUGUAUGCGUUUUCGAAGGCCUCACUCACGUUCAGUCCUUGGCACGAGACUGGUAUGCUAUUCGUCUGUCUUCAGGUGCCGCCCGUGAAGCCGAAAGGAAUUUCCACCUCACAGUCUCUCAAACACAUUCCCCUGAAGAGUCCGAAGACGAAGACGUCGCCUAUCUACCCCGCCCUUCCCCUCGGCCGACAUUUUCGUACACUCGCGGUCCCGAUGAAGUUGCUCCAACCCAGGCGAUGCUGAGAGUCGAAGCUGGAAAAGAUCACGGACUGAAAGUUUGGGUUUCCGAUGAAGUGGUCGACCGAAAAUCGGUGUUUCUUGGUCGCGCUAUCAAAGUGACGGACGAGCGAGAAGUGCCAUUGAUUGUGCACGGGGUGUUGGAAGAUAAAAGGGCAGCGAGGGCGGCGCACCCUGCUAUCUACGCCUAUCGCGUCGUAAAAAAUGUAGGAGGGACCGCGCAAAAGGUCUACAUGUCGGGUUCGUUCCUCUUUGGCUAUGUAAUGUUCAAGGCCGCUGACUUGUGGGGCCAGAUUAUGACGACGAUGGAGAGUCCCAAGCUGGAGGAAGGCUGCAGCAUCUUUUGGAGAUUUUGGAGCUUGAAAACGUAUUGGUCAUAGUCACAAGGUGGUGGGGAGGCCACAGGCUGGGAGCUGACAGAUUCAAGCACAUCAAUCGGGUUGCCCGUGAUGCCUUGGAGAUCGGAGGCUUUUUGGAAGACAAGAAGACGGAUGGAAAGUCCAAGAAGGGGAAGAAGUAGUUCGCUGAGAAGUAGUUCGCUGUCAUUUAUCAACUGCCUUACGAUCCGCCCCAAUGAUGUACAAUACGCAGUGGUAGACAUUCCUAGACCUUUUGCAUCAGUAUAGACUUGUACA